AUCUUAUCACAAACAUGGUUGAACCAAUCCCCAAAAAGCGAAGAUUGGGCAAUGCAGGCCAGUCCCUCGAACCCCAACCAAGCUUCACCGACGUUCUGGAGCAACUGGAAGCCGAGGAAGAUGCAAGUGGAGAGUCAAUGGAAACCUCAAAGGCUUGGCCACGCCCCCCUCUCAAGCCUGUUGAUCCUCGCAAAGACACCCUUGUCUUUCAGCAGAUCGAGGUUACCGAGUCAACGCACAUCAAGCAUGGGACAACGUUGAGGCUGUUCGGUGUCACACGUGAAGGAAACUCUGUCUUGGCGCAGGUGUGGGGCUUUAAGCCGUACUUUUACGUGGCCGCCCCCAGCGGCUUCCUCAGUCAAGACCUCGGCGCUCUCAAGGACACCCUCAAUUCAUCAGCAGCAACGAUGACGCCCGUUGUUUCCAACUGCGUGAUUGUCAAUCGCAAGUCGCUGUGGGGCUACAAGGGUGACGAGUCUGUCCCGUUCAUCAAGAUUCUCGAUUUCAAUGGUCUGUUUCCUCAAGAAGUCAUGACGUACGAGAGUAACAUUGCCUACACCUUGCGUUUCAUGAUUGACACCAAGCUCGUGGGUAUGAACUGGGUGGAGGCUCCGGCAGGACGGUACGAGGUAGUACACGCCUCCGACAAACGGUCACAUUGUCAAUUGGAGGUCAUUCUCAACUACCAAGACCUCGUGUCUCACGCUCCAGACGGAGAGUGGCUGAAAAUCGCCCCUCUUCGCGUGCUGAGUUUCGAUAUCGAGUGUGCCGGUCGCAAAGGUAUCUUUCCAGAGGCCCAAAUCGAUCCCGUCAUCCAGAUCGCAUCAAUGGUUACAAGGCAUGGCGAGAACAAGCCAUUCAUCCGUAAUGUCUUCACUCUGAAUACAUGCGCACAUAUUGUCGGUUCCCAAGUCCUCGAGUUCAAGGACGAGCGCGACCUUCUUCUCGAAUGGCAGCGGUUUGUUGAACAAGUGGAUCCAGACCUUAUCAUUGGUUACAAUAUCGCAAACUUCGACUUGCCGUAUCUUCUGGAUCGUGCCAAAGCUCUGAAGGUUCCAAACUUUGCCUACCUCGGUCGGCUGCUAGGUGUCAAGUCGGAGGUACGCGAUACGCACUUCUCCUCCAAGGCCUUCGGUCAACGAGAUUCCAAAGCCGUCAACAUCGAUGGCCGCCUGCAGAUGGACAUUCUUCAAGUUAUCCAGCGUGAUCACAAGCUCCGCAGCUAUACGCUCAACGCCGUCUGCGCUCAGUUCCUUCAAGAACAGAAGGAGGAUGUCCACCACUCUAUAAUUACCGAGCUGCAAAAUGGCACAGCAGAUUCCCGUCGUCGUCUUGCAGUGUACUGUUUGAAGGACGCCUAUCUCCCCCAACGCCUGCUUGACAAACUCAUGUUCCUUGUCAACUAUACCGAACUUGCACGAGUGACAGGCAUUCCUUUCAACGAUGUUCUCACCCGUGGUCAGCAGAUCCGUGUCAUCUCGCAGCUCUAUCGCAGUGCCGGUGAUACAGGUUACCUGAUCCCAGCCAUGCGAAGCGAAGGCACAGACGAGCAGUACGAAGGAGCAACUGUCAUUGAGCCGAACAAGGGGUUUUAUGACGCUCCUAUCGCGACCCUCGAUUUCGCGUCUCUUUACCCUUCCAUCAUGAUGGCCCAUAAUCUCUGCUACACGUCCCUGCUCGACAAGGCGACGAUCGAGCGUCUGAGACUAGUCGAGGGCGAGGACUAUGUUCAGACACCAAACAACGACUUCUUUGUCACUUCGAAGAAGCGAAAGGGCCUUCUGCCUCACAUUCUUGAGAACUUGCUGUCCGCGCGUAAGCGUGCGAAAGCAGAUCUCAAGGUCGAGAAGGAUCCGUUCAAGAAGGCAGUGUUGGAUGGCCGACAUGCAAACUCAGUGUACGGCUUCACAGGUGCCACCGUCGGCAAGCUGCCUUGCCUUGCCAUCUCGACCUCAGUCACUGCGUAUGGCCGCCAAAUGAUCGAGUUCACGAAGCGAGAGGUGGAGACCGAGUAUGCUAUCAAGAAUGGCUAUGAUCAUGACGCCAAGGUCAUCUACGGCGACACGGACUCGGUCAUGGUGAAGUUUGGGUGUCCAGACCUGCCCACGGCAAUGCGGCUAGGGGCCGAAGCGGCUGAGCUUGUGUCAGCGAAGUUUAAGAAACCCAUCAAGCUGGAGUUCGAGAAGGUCUACUUCCCAUAUCUCCUUAUCUCCAAGAAGCGCUACGCUGGACUCUACUGGACUCGGCCGGAGAAGUUUGACAAGAUGGAUACGAAAGGCAUUGAAACUGUCCGUCGUGACAAUUGCCGCCUUGUGUCGACGAUGAUUGGCACCUGCCUGGAUAAGAUGUUGAUCGAACGAGACGUAAAGGGCGCCGAAGACUACGUCAAGCAGACCAUCGCGGAUCUGCUGCAGAAUAAGAUUGACAUGUCGCAACUGGUUAUCACCAAGGCUUUGGCCAAGACAGACUAUGCGGGCAAACAAGCACACGUCGAAUUGGCAGAGAGGAUGAAGAAGCGUGAUGCUGGAUCUGCCCCUUCUCUUGGUGACCGUGUGGCAUAUGUCAUUGUCAAAGGAAUCAAAGGCGCCGCUGCAUACGAGAAGUCUGAAGACCCACUGUAUGUGCUCGAGCACAACGUUCCCAUCGACACGAGGUACUACUUGGAGAAUCAGUUGGCCAAGCCUCUGAUGCGUAUCUUCGAACCGAUUUUGGGCGAGAAGGCCAACAGUCUCCUUGCUGGUGACCACACUCGCAGUAUCCAGAUUGCGACACCCACUGUUGGCGGUCUGAUGAAGUUUGCGGUGAAGACCGUGACUUGCAUCGGGUGCCGUACCCCUCUGAAGAAGGCGAACAACGUGUGCGUCAACUGCCGCCCACAGCUUGCCGAGUUGUACCAAAAACAGGUGUCUUCAACCUCGGCGCUCCAGGUCGAUUUUGCGCGCCUGUGGACUCAGUGCCAGAGGUGUCAAGGGUCAUUGCACCAGGAUGUGAUCUGCACGUCGGCGGACUGCCCAAUCUAUUACCGUCGGACUGCCAGGCAAAAGGAGGUCACAGCGGCAGUUGCCCAGCUAGAUCGGUUCGGCGAAGAGCUUGUGUGGUGAAUGGUACAGGGAUUCUUUGCGAGGCACAAAGCGUGCCCCUGGUGAACACGCUCGCGAGCGGGCUAUGUAGAUUCUGUUCAUGAAGAGCGCAUGCAUGUGACAC